CAGGAGCUCUUGUCAGAGCUACGGUCACUUGAGCAGCAGAAGACGUCGGGAGCUCCUGUUAGAACUGCGGUCACUCAAGCACCAGGACACGUCGGGAGCUCCUGUUAGAGCUGCGGUCUCCCCAGCACCAGGACACGUCGUGAGCCCCUGUUAGAGCUGCGGUCACUCAAGCACCAGGACACAUCGGGAGCUUCACUUUUACGCGAUCAGCGCCGUGGACAGCGGCGGCUCGGCACGACAUGGACGUGGAGGAGGUGCUGGAGCGGGUGAACGGCUGGGGCCGCUACCAGAAGGUGGUGUACUUCUUCGCCUGCUUGCCGUCCAUCUUUGCGGCGACCAUCACAGUCGGCUACUCGUGGACGGCCUUCCCCAUGGAGCACAGAUGUCUGGUGGAGGGCUGUGAGGACGGCCGCAACGCCACCUACAGCGCCGACUUCCUGACGUUCAGCACGCCGCCGGACGAGGAGCACCAGUGGAGCCGCUGUGAUGUGCACAAACGCGAUAAUGUGACAGCCGGUUGUCACCCGGAGGGCUUCGGUCGGCAGAGCGUCGGCUGCAGUCAGUGGGUGUACGACACGUCCGUCAUGGAGAGCACCAUCGUCUCAGAGUUUGACCUCGUAUGCGACAGUGAGCCGCUGCGGCCGCUCGGCGCCAGCCUAUUUUUCGUUGGUGUGGCUGUCGGGUCCAUACUGACAGGAGUCGUCGCUGACAGGUGGGGCCGGGUGGUGACGCUGAUGGCCGGCGUCGUCCUCACCACCAUCGUGGGCACGGCCGCGGCCUUGGCGCCCAGCUACGGCGUCUACACCGGCCUGCGCUUCGCCGCAGCCGUCUUCUCCUACGGCUUCUUCAGCGUGCCGUUCGUGCUGUGUAUGGAGCUGACUUCCAUCGAUGCCCGCGCGUUCUGUGGCAUCAUCAUUAAUGCCUUCUUCGCCGUCGGAGAGGCGCUGACUGGAGUGUUCCCCAUCUUCGUCAAGGAUUGGAAAUCGCUGCAGCUGAUCUACUCGGUGCCAAUUGUUCUCUUCUGCCCCUAUUGGUUCUUUCUUCCCGAGUCACCACGGUGGCUGAUGGCAGUCGGCCGGAAGGACAAGGCCGAGAAGGUGCUAAGAAACGUGGCCAAGUGGAAUGGAAAACCUUUUCCUGAAGAGCUGGUCAUGAAGGAGAGGAGCGGUGGGUCACUCCAAGAGCCCCAAGCCAUCAAUGAAAGCUUCAUUAGCGUGAUUAAGUCACCUGUCCUCCUAAAGCGAGCGUUCAUCCUGGCUUUUCAGUGGCUGGUGGUGGCGAUGGUCUACUACGGCAUCGGCAUGGUGUCCACUGACCUGGGAGGGGACGUUUACACCAACUUCAUCCUCACGAUGCUAAUCGAAAUACCGUCGUACGUGUUCUGCGCACUCACCAUUAAUCCACUGGGUCGAAAGCUGGUGAUAGGUGGCGCCUUCCUGUUAAGCGGACUGGGCACCAUCUGCGCAGGACUCGUGCCGGCCAACGAACUGGAGUGGCUGACGACGACCUUGGCUCUGCUGGGCAAAUUCGGCGCGGCGUCAGCGUUCUCGCUCCUGUACCUGUACACGGCGGAGCUGUACCCAAACGGAGUGCGUGUGAUGGGCGUGGGCGUGGCCUCAGCCAGCGGAAGAAUCGGCUCCGUGCUCGCACCGGUCAUCGCCGAUCUGGGCGACGACACGGCCACGCUGCCGCUCUGUAUUUUCGGGGUGUGCGGCCUGCUGGCGGGCGGCAUGACGGCCUUCCUGCCGGAGACGAGUGGACGCGACCUGCCCACCACGGUCGCCGAGGCGGCUGACUUCGGACGAGCAAAGGCUGACCAGAACGUGAAAAAGACGGCAGACAUCUUCCCAGAAGCAGGCAUGAACCUCCACAAGCUGCGAACCUCUGCGGUGCUCGGCUGUAGACUCAUGAAUUUUGUCAAGAUGGCCUUCCACCCGAAGGAGCCACACAUCAUCUACUGGACAGAUUCCACGGACGUGCUGUACUGGCUACAGAGCAAGAAGACGCUGAAGGUUUUCGUGCUGAACGGGAGCCUGGAGGCAUUGGAAGAGGGUGUGUGA